AUCGGAUCGGACUCGGACAGCAGGCAGCAGCAGCAGCAGCUGUAGUAAAAUAUAAUAUAUAGUAAUAAAAAUAUAACAAUAAUAAUAAUAAUUCUCCCUUCUCGCCGGGCAAUUGUGUAUCGUCCGUCGUGCGUCCGCUCCGGAGGGGUUAACGCGUACACGCGCGCGAUUCUUCUUCUUCUAUUUUGUUUUUUUUUUUCAUUCUCUGGGGGCUUUUGUUCUCGCCGCCGACCUAUCCGGCCGUCCCUAGUCGCCGAGCGUUCGCCUUUGUGGUGGUCUAAUCGAUUUUUAUUAUUAUUUAUUAUAUUAUAUUAUUUUUAGCCCGCAUAGCGAGUUUCCCGUGUGUGCACACUCACACAUAAUAUUCUCGGCCAGCAAUCAUACCGUGUGUGUGUGUACUGUGUAGGCAUAAUAUAUAGUAAUAAUUAUUACAGCGGCCGUUGCCUUCUCGUCGUCGUCGUUUUGCCGUUAUUUAUCGCCCGGUACCUUACCUACCCGUAACUACCUGUAACGAAAUAAGGAAAAAAAAAAAAAUCACAAUACACGCGCACCCGUUGUGGGACUUUCGAUCGGCUCUUAUCGUGAUGUCGCGCCGCUGCUGAACCGUGUAGUGUAGCCCGACCGCAUUUGUGAUGUUGCCCGAAAAUGGUUUGUAUAGACGAAGUAGUUGCUUACUUCAAAACACUUAAGAGCUACGAACGGCUUUGGAUGAUGUGCAGACUCCAGAGCCACUGUCUGCCGAUCGAAUUGAGAUACCUCGGCACUUGUCUGGAUAACCUGUCCAAGAGGGACGUGCACGUAUUGAAGAAGUUGGAACUGGAAGCCAACGACCCGGCCAACGUCGGCCAAGUAGCUCGCAAGUGCAUAUGCGACAAGACCGUCAGGGCAGCGGUCAUCAAGUAUCUGUCCGUGUUGAACGCCAACAGCGCCAAGUGCUCGGAGCUCAUCUACAAAGCGCUCACCGACGACAAGGCGUUGGAGCGCGUAUUCAAGAGUCCCAGGGCGUUCUUCAGCGACAAAAACGCGUUCGAAGAGCUUAUGGUGUUGUACACGUUGGCCGUCAAUCAUCCGGCGUUUUCGUUUGAACAAAAGACGCAGCUGGACAGCAUAUUCAACUGCAUCAAGAAGGAAAAGGAACGGCAGGCGUCCAAGAACAAAGACAGCGACAGCGACAGCAAAGACUCUUCCAAGAGUUUCGAGAGCAUUAACACCAUGAUACCGCCGCCAAAUUACUUGUAUCAACAAACUCACGGAGGAUCGAAUUUCCCUCUGAACAGGAACGGCUACGUUUAUCCACGCCAUUUUUUUCCCUGUCCCCCGAUGAAUGUACCUCCGAUGCAGGUCUGUCAUGAUUAUCCUCCUCCGGCAGGCCCUCCGCCGCCACCGACUCCGCAAGUGAUAUCGGCCAUCAGAGGACCGCAUCAGGCAAGUUUCACAAAGUCACCUAGUCCGGUUUCGUGGCCUCCUCCGCGUACAUUCCAAAUAAACAAUCCGCGCAGCCAGGCUCCGCCGCCACCGCCGAAUAGCGCUACGAAACAACGACAUCCGACGCCGCCGAGAUUCCGUAGUCCUCCCGACGCUGGUCUACCAUUCCCACAGUCCUGGAACAGCUGGAACAUGUACCAAAUGUCGCCUCAAAACAUGUACACCAACUACAACUUUAGCCCCAGCGUGGUUCCUCCUUUCUAUCAUGAUAACGCUGCGGCUCGGACUUUCCAAGGCCACGGAGCAAAACCUAAACACGUACCUCUUACGAAUAGAUCUCAAGACCAGUUCAAAGCGCAAACACCAGUUUCGGUGCCGUGCACACCACCACUGAAACAACCGCCAAGCGCUACCAUCAAGAAUGGUAAACCUCCUAUGCAGAUAAGUACAAAUGUGGAAAAAGAUAACGAUUCCUCGUUGGAUGCGCACGAUCAAGUAGCGUCGUCUGAUUGUUCCAAAUCGAACGAAGUCAAUCAACCCGGCUCCAUUAGACCUGCGGUACCGCCUGCGUCACUGGCAGACAAAAUCGCCUCCAAAACUUCAGUACAAACCCCUUAUAUGGGUCCCAAACCUAUUCAGUAUCAAACUCCUCCCCCUGGGGCCGCCAAACCGUACAAUCAAAAAACGAUUGUCGCUGACAACAAGAAUAACACCGAUAAUGUUCAAAUCCCGUCAAAGGUCAAUCUGGCGGCAUCGCAAAAAACGUACCCGCCCGCAAAGGUGCAGCCGGAUCACGGCAAAGAUACGCAACAACCCCACGUGACGCCCAAUCAAGGCCAUGCAAUAAAUGAACAAACUACCAAUAUUGAUCUCUCCACCCUCUCGGCCGCCUUGGUGGAUGAAAAUAAGACUACGGAUAACGCAACUGCCCCAACUAUUACUAAGGACGCCAACGAAAAGUCGUCGCAGCCAAAAUCUGACAACGUACAACAAACCACCAGUGAGUUGAAGAAAUCGGUGGCGCAACAAGCGGAAAUCGGACCGGCAGUCGAAACAAAUCUCAAAGUUUGUGAAGGUAAAGAAACCGCUACUGGAGGUUCUAUUAAGCCGCCAAUCGUUUCCACUACGGUCGCCAACACUUACAGUUUGCAUAACACCAAGUAUUACAAAGGUCGUCCUAUACAGUCUCAGAUGAGAAAUGUGGGACGUGACAACAACGGCUCGGCGUAUAACUACAAUCGAAAAUCUUUAGCAGCAGCCGUACCACCGUAUAACGAGUCGCAUCGAGACAACGCAGCGAGCAAACUUCAUCCCAAAGGAGGUGUCAACAACAGUGGCUGCGGUCAGCAUUAUUACACCAUGGCUUACGACAACGGCUCCGGACCCAGGCCGUACAACACACAAACGUAUUACGUUCAUCAGUCGCCCGGACCUCAGCCGAUGCCCACUUACCAGUCGGUACCUCGGCCUUACGUACAGCAGCAACACGUCGUUCAGUCUCCGGAGUACCAGCCGAUGUACCAGCCCACCGAAUUCGUAUACUACCCGUCAACAUCUCAAACCUUUUACACGACUCCAGUGUUGAUGCAGCCGCCGGUCUUGACUUACCAUCCGCCCAAGGUGUCUUGUUACAAUUGUGGCGGACAAAAUCAUACGGGAGCCGAAUGCACCGAACUGACCAUGGAAGAAAUAACGAGUAAAGGUUUGUAUGAACAUCAUUACGGCGCUCCGACGUCUGAUGGUAGACACCACCACAAUUGACUGUGAUACUGUGAUAUGAGAAAAACAGCCUUACCCUAUUCACAAUCACAACAACAACAACAACAACAAGCAGUAUAUGACUCGAGGUCCAUAUUAUUAUUAUAUGUAAUCAAACUAGAAGUAUAAAAAAAUAUCCUUUAGCGUUAAUUUAUCACAGACUUCGACGAUGGUUACAUUUCGAACAGAGCCCUCUCCUUUAGUAAUAAUUUUUAAAUUUAAUUUAAUGAUUCCUCGAUUCGUUACCAGUUUUGCGUUUCCAUAUAAGACUGGCUAACGGUUUGUUUAUUCUUCCGUAUUAGUAAAUUUUUUUUUUUUUUUAAUGUAUAACGUUAGCCGUAGAAUAAAAUAAAAACCUAUUUAAAAACAAAAAAAAAACAAAAAUGAUUAUUAUAUAAUUAGAGAAAAAAAAUAUAUCAAACAAAAAUAAUUCAACAAAUAAUUUUUUUUUAUCGUUCUCGAUCAGUUGUGCCCAGAGUGAUUUUUUUCUUUCAUUCUACCGUACGCUCGAUUCACGUUGACCGUUUUUCGGGUAAUAUUUCUUUAUACUUUAACUUAUUUAACUGUUUUUCAUCCUAACGCCCAUCACCUCCCCUUGCAAACCCCCCUAAAUUUAUAUAUUUAUAUAAUAUAUUAUACGUAAAGAUCUUAUCACGAAUUAAAAAUGUUUACAACAAAGCAGCAGUCGUGAUAUAUCAAUUCGUAUU